GUGCAACAUGACGCGUAUCAUUUGUGACAGUCAAGCUGACUAAUGUUUGAAAAGAGAAUCAAUAGAGAGACGGUUAUGAUAAUAUUAGAGUUAAUGAUAAUACAAUAAUACACAAACACUUAACGGCUAACGUGCUCUGGACACCGAAUCCACUUCACUCUAUUUAUGUAAUUGAAAAUACUUUCAGAAAUAAUUGUGUCACAACUUUGUGAUGUGCUAGUUCUGAAUUAUUAAUAAUUUGAUUUUAAAAAGCGUAUCAACUGAUUUACUCCAUACACGUUCUUUACAAGCAUUUUUUUCUCUAUUUCUAUGGUCGAAACCGCCGCUGAUCCUCCGCGCAUGCGUACAUUCUAAAAUACGAUUUGCACAACGGUCCACCAUCAAAGAUGGCGGGAGCCUCCGACCCACUGGAGGACAUGCUCUUCAAUGAAGUGGACGAGAAGGCAGUCAGCGACUUAGUUGGCUCUUUGGAAUCACAACUGGGGCAACCAAACGCAACCGCCGCGUCUUAUUCCGCCGGCAAAAGAGACGGAGCUCCGGCCGCCGCGAGUCACUUCUCAGGGAAAGUGCGCGACCAAGAGCCGCAACAAGGACAUCUACAGGCAGCCUUAAAGCUGCAAUCUUCCGCCGGAGAGCUUCUUCCUUCUUCUACCUCCUCUGGCGGGAGCGUGGCCGUAGUCAGUGGGGGGAGCAGUGUGCCAACAUUCGGGCCGGCUCAUUCGAGCUCCACCGUCCUCGCACCGGGAGUCCAAACUUUGAGCACCCAGCCUGCUGCCGCUAGCUUCCAGCGGGCUGCCGAACCCAGCAGGACUGCUUCUCCGGGCUUGCAAAGUUUAAACGGCAACACAGCAGCUGUCAAGUUGCAGAACUCUACUGGUGUAGCCCCCCAGGCAGCAGCGGGCGGCUCUCUUGUCAUGGCUGCCAACUUCCACCCCGGAUCCCAGUCCACGUCCCCCGCCACCCCCCUGCAGAGACUCCCCGGCCCGACUGUCAACAUCGCUCAGAAUGGACUGGAUCCUAAAGGCGGGCAGCUGGUGUCUCCUGGUGGCCCCUCGCCAUCUCCAGUGUUGAACCAUAGCAAGAUUCUGGUACCAGGUCAGCCUGCGGCUGGGAACUCUGUAAUCCUGGCCAGCACUCCGCCGCCCACCCUGACCCAGUCGCCCGUCACAGCCCAGUCGCCCAUCACCCAGCCCCAGAGCGUUGCUGGUGCGUCCACUGCUGCGGCCAAGCUGGCCGUUAACGGGCUGGGCCAGGCCGGAUUGACAGUGGUGAGACCUGCAGGUGCCCCCGCGAUUGCCGGGGCCGUCCAGCCGCAAAGACCCGGACUGGUGGCUGGGACAACCCGACUGGCCACCCCACAGCCCCCGUUGGCUGUACGGCCUCAGCAGCAGGCCACCAUCCAGCUGCCUCCUGGGUUCACCAUGCCUGCAGGUAUGGUUCUGGUCCGCAUUGAGACGGGUCAACUGGUCAUGGUUCCGCAGCAAGUUCUGGCCCAGGCGCAGGCCAAGACGCAGCAGAGUCCCACGGUGACCAACAUUGCUCAGAGGCCUGCUACUCCAACCGCAACUGCCGCCAUACGGGUCAGCACUGCCCCUCCGACGCCAGGUACACCGCAAAACAUCCGUCUGGCCACACCCACUCAGACCAGACUUGUUCCGUCUCCUUCGUCCUCAUCCACCUCGACCUCCACCUCCCCUGCUACACAGGCCAUCACAGUCGGUCCUGGUGCUCCCGCCGUGUCUGUGAUGAUGACCACACCUCCGAAGGCCCCAACAGUGAUAGCAGCAGAGACGGCGCCUGUUGUCAAGUCAUCCACACCUCCUGUGACCGUCGCCACGCCUGCUCAGAGUGCCACACCCACCACCAGGGUGACUGUGGUGUCCCAGGAAAUGCAAGAAAAUGUGAAGAAAUGCAAGAACUUCCUGGCUAUGCUCAUCAAGUUGGCAUCCAACAACUCACCCUCCCCCGACACGUCCAAGAAUGUCAAAGCUUUGGUCCAGGAUCUCCUUGAUGCAAAGAUCGAGCCUGAGGAGUUCACCAGUCGUUUGCAGGCGGAGCUCAAGUCCUCACCACAGCCCUACCUCAUCCCCUUCCUCAAGAAAACACUUCCCGCUUUACGUCAGUCAUUACUCAGCAGUCAGCAGUCUCUGACCACGCCCGCAGCCUGUGUCCCGCCCCCUGUUGCCCCUGUCGCCGGGACUACUGCCACCAUCCGGCCACGGUUACCCAUCAGCCCCACUGCUGGCACCAUCCGAAUGAAUACCCCGCUCACUAGCACAACUCUGGCUGCGGGCCGAGCGGGCGUCCAGACGCUCCAGGCUCGUCCGUCGAUGGUGGUAGGUCAGACCAUCAGACCUCAAGGCACAAUCAUCCGAGGGCCUGCCGGCAUCGUUGGCAAGAAUGUUGUAAACUUGGCAGCGCAAGCCAAUCAGAAGAAAGUGGGCGACCCGGGGGGUGGGACUUUCAGGGAUGAUGACGACAUUAAUGACGUAGCAUCGAUGGCCGGCGUCAACCUCAGCGAGGAGAACGCUCGUAUCCUUGCCACCAGCUCAGAACUCGUCGGCACCAAAAUCCGCUCCUGUAAGGACGAGUCCUUUCUGCCUGCCGGCCUCCUGCACCGCCGCAUCUUGGACACAGCCAGGAAGCUGGGUGUGAGUGAGGUGCCGCUGGAAGUGGUCAACUUGGUGUCGCAUGCCACACAGUCCCGACUGCGCUCGGUUCUGGAGAAGGUCUCCAUGGUAGCUCAGCACCGAGCAGACGGGAUCAAGGACGAAGAUCAUCACGAACAAACAUCAGAUGUUCGUUCUCAGCUUCGUUUCUUUGAGCAAUUGGAGCGUCUCGAGAAGCAGAGAAAGGACGAGCAAGAGCGGGAAAUUCUGCUGAAGGCUGCCAAGAGUCGUGCCAGACAAGAAGAUCCUGAGCAGGCUCGCCUGAAGCAGAAGGCCAAAGAGAUGCAGCAACAAGAAUUGGCUCAGAUGCGACAACGAGAUGCCAACCUUACGGCGUUGGCCGCUAUCGGACCUCGGAAGAAGCGCAAGCUGGACUCGCCCGGCCGCACCGCGGCCAGCACAGAGGUGGCCUCAGGUGGAAGCCCUGCCUCAUCCCGCCAGCAGCUGCGUCAGCGCAUCACCAGAGUCAACCUCAGGGACUUGAUCGUGUGUCUCGAGCAGGACGGAAGCACGGCGCGCUCGCUGAUGCUUUACAAGGCACUGCUCAAGUGAGGUGUACUUCUUGGCCCCUCCCCACAUGGGGCCCAUGCUCCAUAAAGAACCUUCCCGCUCCACAUGUCACGCCACCAAAAGUGACAGCGGCAACGUGUGUUCACUUUGGGACAUGGUAACGUGAGGUCACCAUGUGACCACGUCUGAUGAGGAUUGCGACACAUCUCAUCAGCUCAACAUCAAGCUAACAUCAGCUUUAUUUUUUUGAAGCUGCACAAAUACAGCAAACAGCUCUGAUUGUUGUCGUCUUGGACCCUGUGGCAGCCAUCUUGGGAACACUUCUACUAAACAUAGUUUCAUAACACUAACAUGCAGUGGAUUUGCUCCGACAUUGUUUGCUGAUGAACUCAUUGAUCAUGAAUUAAUUCAUAUUUCGCAUCCAUAUGCUAAGCUAAGAUGCUAUAGUGGAGACACUUGUAUUGGGACCCUAUUCAGCAAGGAUUCUGAUUCGAGUUGAAGUGAUUCUUAAAGUGGACGUCAAUGCCCCAUUCCGGAAGCUACCUGCCUGCUCUCCCCUCAAUGAUGCAACAUGUCACAGUGCAAAGACUUUGUGACUUUUUCUCGUAGUGCAAAAUGCAGUUUUUCUUCACUUUUUAAUACUUUUUGGAGGUUUUUAAUGCUUUAAAUGUUUGUUUUUGACGAGCGCACCGGUCGGUCCACGUGAACUUUUACGAUUAUUUAUAUUUCCUACAUUCUGUACUCAAUCAUGGAAUUUUACACGUUUGUACCUUUACUAAAAUGAAAUAAAGAUAUGUCAAACGAGCGCUGAUGGUAAGU